AGGAUCUCUUUGGUCAGCAGUUUUCUCGCUUCCUUGUUCAUGGGCGAUUUCGCGCCGAUCGAUUGGUCCGAUGGCUCCGGAAUGAAUCUGUUGAAUAUUCAUACGAAAGAUUGGGACGACGUGCUACUGGAGGCCUGCGGUCUUGGUUUACGAGAAAAACUCGGGAAACCAGUUUCCUCGAGCAGCGACAUCGGCCCGAUUUCGUCCUAUUUCGUCGAGAGAUUCGGCUUCGACGAGGCAUGCCGCAUAAUUGCAUUCACAGGCGACAAUCCAGGUUCUCUGAUCGGAAUGAGACUGAAAGAAGGAGACAUUGCUUGUAGCUUGGGAACGAGCGACAGCUUGUUUUUAUGGUUGAAGAGGCCGAAAACUGUUCUGGAAGGGCACGUCUUUUGCAAUCCUCUUGAUGACGAUGCUUACAUGGCGUUGCUCGGCUUCAAGAAUGGGUCCCUGACUCGCGAGAGGAUACGCGACAGUGCGGCGCAGGGCUCUUGGCAGAUCUUCAACGAAUUGCUGGAAAGCACACCGCGGGGUAAUUUCGGGAAUUUAGGCUUGUACUUCGACUCGCAAGAGAUGUUGCCGUUCGUCAUCGGCGAUCAUCGUUUCAACAAAGCGAACGACGAGAUAUCGCGUUACAGCUCGAAGGAGGUAGAAGUGAGAGCCCUGAUCGAAGGGCAGUUUGUCGCGAAAAGAGCUCACGCCGAGGAUUUUGGUUUCGUCAUAGGAACUAGUUAAUUCGGCUAUGAUAGGUGCAGCCUAUCAGGCGAAGCACGCUUUAUUCCGAAACGAAUGCAAUUUUGAUGAAAUAACACGCUGCUUGCCGGAACCAACGCUCAUGUGUCGCCCUUACGACGAUGCAGAAGCA